UUCUACUUCGGAAACAAAUCUCAAAAUAAUGAAGACACACAUUUUAUUUAUUGGGGGGUAAUUACUCGCUUUUCUGAAGACUGUCGUGUUUCUCGCCAUUAAGGUCUCUGUAGUCAUGAUCUUCAGUGUUUUACCAUAAAAUUACACAUUUUACGAGAACCAGAACGACUUUAUAAUACACUAUCGGGGAUAAUUUUGUAAAAGAAAUCAAACUAGGAAAUAAGACUUCAAUACUUGAAUCAAAGCAGUUUCUUGCCUGCAUAAAAACACGCCUUUUUGGAUAGUUUUGAAUAAGCUGUGGACAGUGGAAUGCACGUGACAGCUUGGAUUUCGCGGGGGAACUUGGGUCGACACAAGUUUAAUGUGUUAAGCUUUACUUUUCGUAGUCCAUACCAACGUCUAGCACAACACAUGGAAGAUGUGAGUGGAGAUAAUGGGGUACUGAAAGAGGUUGUCCGUUCUGGUACUGGAAGUACUGUGCCAGCUGAUGCUUCAGUAGCAGUUAAUUACUCUGCGUACCUAGAAUAUUCAGACAAACCAUUUGGUACAAAUUGCUCCAGGAAUCCCAGAAGACUGAUGAAGAUUGGAGAAGACAUAACUCUACUGGGUCUGGAAAUUGCUUUGAUGAGUAUGAAGAAACGUGAAGUUGCCCGGUUCCUGUUCAGGCCUGACUAUGCAUAUGGAUCAAUGGGCUGCCCACCAUUAAUUCCUCCCAAUGCUACUAUACUGUUUGAAGUAGAACUGCUGGACUUCCUGGACACUGCUGAAUCGGAUGAGUUCUUUAAACUUUCUCUUGUAGAACGUGAAGCUUUUCCUCUAGAUAAAAUUAUUAAGGCAGCAGGUACAGAACGCGAGUUUGGAAAUCACCUUUUUCGACAGAAGCAGUAUUAUGAUGCCAAAGACAGAUAUAAACGGGCAUGCUUCAUUUUAGAUCAGAAGUAUUACAGUGGUACAGAAAAAGAAAGAGUAGAUUCUGCCAGAUUACUUGUUUUUCUCAAUCUGUCAUUAACUUACUUCAAGCUGGACCACCCAACCCGUGCUUUGGUUUAUGGAGAAAGAGCUCUAGGAAUUGAUGAAAGGAACCCAAAAGCACUUUUCAGAUGUGGACAGGCUUGCUUUGCACUUAUGGAAUAUGAGAAGGCACGUGAUUACCUUAUUAGAGCACAGAGGGAACAGCCAUUUAAUCAAGACAUAAACAACGAGCUAAAGAAGCUGGCUGGCUGUUACAGAGACUAUUCGGAGAAGGAGAAAGAGAUGUGCUCCAAGAUGUUUGCUUCCUUUUUCAUCAAGAAAACUUAGUAAGAUGCUGUUGAUGGAAUCUGCAAACUUUUUUUUUUUUUAAUUGGAUUAGGCAGUGAGGAAAGGAAGCUUCGGUGAAUGCUGUGCUGAAGGAUAGUCACCAAGAAAAAUAUGUUUUCAUUCUCCUUUAGAAAAUGUGAAGUGCAGAUUAUGCUAAUAAAGAAUAAGAUUGCAACUUGAAACUUCUAUAAAAGGCAGUAAAAUAGCUGCAUCUUAAGUGUCUAGAAAAAAAAUUUGAGUAAGUUUUAAAGCAGAAAAAUGACCAUGUUAGUAAAUACUGAGAUACAAAACAUGCUUUUAAAGACCUUGUUUUGAAUGGCACAAUGAGAGCUACUUUCUGAGAAAAACAAAAAAUGUUUUAUUAUAUAAAGAGUUAUUUCUAAAUGUGUCCUUUUUGCAGAAAUGCUGUUUGUCUCAAGAGAAGAGAGUACUUUUUGAUUCUUGAAUAGUUGUAGCAAAGGGGUUUGCCUUAGUUUAAAUCGUGUUUUGGCUGGA